CUUUCAUUUUAUAUGAUGGAGAUAUAGAGUUACGACUACUAUUUUUUUCUAUGAUAGCUAAACUAAUCGUGAUGUGUCGGUACAUAUCUGUCAGGUGGAGUGUGCUGUGAUCUUACAAUUCGUCCUUGAGACCAAAACAGGUGUUGAUGUUCGGUAGUUCGGUAGGUUGUAAGUGUUGCAUAUGUAUUCCCGAAUCGAAACAGUGUUGUCGUUGUGUUUUUUCAGGGGAAACGUUCGUUGGCUUAUCAGUGUUCAGUCAUGAAUAGCAAUACAAUAGAAUAUACAAUGUCUGUAGGAUGUUGCUUACAUCGGAUGAUGACAAACAUUGGCUAUGCCUGAAUGGGCAACAUAUGCGUAAUGGAAAUAUCAUGGACAUACAGUAUCAUACCCUACGAGAGCAGGCUUUUAGCAUUACAGCCAAUACCAAAUAAACAAGAAAAUGAAAGUACCAAGACUCGGGAAUGUCUUUGAUAAAAUAUCUCCAUGUAAUUUGAAUGUAUAAUUACCCAUUAAAUGGGCUAAAAUAAUUGUUUAGCCUACAAUUGAUAGUGGUAUAAAUUAUUGGUAAUAAUUGGAUCUGGUCAUAAUUCCAUCCAAAGACAUCGUCAGAACUACAUGGAAUUUAUUUUCCUACAAAACAUGACUUCCAAGACUAUUUCCAUCAUGGAGGAUAGUGUGAGCACAAUGAUGAAGACAUGAACACAUUGCAUAUAAUGCGCGCGGAUGGAAGAAAGAAGAACAGCAAAGUCCCGCCUCCUGCAUGCCACUGAGCCUUGUGAUGCAGUCUCCAUGACGACUACAGUUUCCUGGGUAACCCCGUUAAUGUUACCAUGGUAUCACUCUGCGUUUUCACAGAAACCCUCCAGAUGGAUCAGCAGCCCGCCUUGAAAGAGAGAGCAGAGCCCUCCUGGGAUGGAUAUUUUCACUUGGCUAGAUCAAAUAACCUCAUCUCAACCAGCCAACAAGCAUCGCCCAACCAACACUGCUGCAGCAGAACACAUGCACCGGAAAGCAUCGCCCAACCAACACUGCUGCAGCAGAACACAUGCACCGGAAAGCAUCGCCCAACCAACACUGCUGCAGCAGAACACAUGCACCGGAAAGCAUCGCCCAACCAACACUGCUGCAGCAGAACACAUGCACCGGAAAGCAUCGCCCAACCAACACUGCUGCAGCAGAACACAUGCACCGGAAAGCAUCGCCCAACCAACACUGCUGCAGCAGAACACAUGCACCGGAAAGCAUCGCCCAACCAACACUGCUGCAGCAGAACACAUGCACCGGAAAGCAUCGCCCAACCAACACUGCUGCAGCAGAACACAUGCACCGGAAAGCAUCGCCCAACCAACACUGCUGCAGCAGAACACAUGCACCGGAAAGCAUCGCCCAACCAACACUGCUGCAGCAGAACACAUGCACCGGAAAGCAUCGCCCAACCAACACUGCUGCAGCAGAACACAUGCACCGGAAAGGCCUAGAGGAGAAUUACCCUGACACAUACCAAUGGACUCAAGCUCCAGCAGCUCAACGCCCCACCAACUGAAAUACAUCAAGAUAUAGAGGAUCUCUAUGGUUCCACCAUCAACCACACAUACUGUACUGGCCUAGAGAGAGAGACCCCAGAGGCAAGGUGUCAUGGACACAGUGCCUUCAGCUAAGACCUCACCACACCUCCCAUGGACUGUCUAUCAGAGAAAAAGAUGAUGUAUUGUACUCUGUGCUGAUCUCUCACUCUCUCUCGCUCUCUUUCUAGUGUCUUAGAUCUGGAAUACAAUCCCAGAGAUGCCAGUACAAGAAGUCACACUGUGUAUGUCGCCCAUCAUAACUCCCCAGUCCCCAUCAGGCCUGUGGUUGGUCCAUGGCCGUCCCCAGUCGUCAUCAGAACUAUGGUUGGUCCAUGGCCGUCCCCAGUCCUCAUCAGAACUAUGGUUGGUCCAUGGCCGUCCCUAGUCCACAUCAGGGCUGCGGUUGGUCCAUGGCCGUCCCCAGCGGAGUAGAGGACUGAGAUCAUGUUUUUCAGCCUCACAAUGUAUUCAUGGUGUGUUGUCGUUUUCCCAGGACAAAUGUAAGCACAUAAAUGUGUCAUCAACACAGUAAGCUUUUGCCUGUUGAGUGAAAAUAUUGCAGUGUAACAAGUUUGGAUUGUUUAUCUGAAGAAUUAAUGUAAUUGAGGAAAUGUAUUUAUCACACACACAAGCACACACACACACACACACACACACAAAUGCGUCGUCCUCUUUCCCUUCCUCCUCCACUCUCUUCUCUCCUCUUUCCCUUCCUCCUCCACUCUCUUCUCUCCUCUUUCCCUUCCUCCUCCACUCUCUUCUCUCCUCUUUCCCUUCCUCCUCCACUCUCUUCUCUCUUCUUUCCUCUGUCAUCCUCUUUUCCCAAUACAAUAUAAUACCAUGACGUCACAGCUGCAGGUGGCUUAUCAGAAGUGCUGAGUGGCUUUGUUCUCUCUGGAAAUAGGGUUCACUCUUCAUUUCUCCCCACUUCAGUAUUUCUAUGUUUGGGAAAAUGAAAACAUGUCUGUGAGUUACCCUGAGCUAUAAAUCACUUGUCAGUGGAGCUCAAUUUGAAUGAUUAUGUGGAACACCUCAAGCUGCAGUUCAGUGCACCUCAGGAAAAAAAAAGUCAUUUUUUUCUAUUGUAUGUUUAAUACAUAAGGUGAGGCAUGUGAUUCCGUUUUUAUUUAGUCAACUGCACAUAAUUACUGUACAUACUGUACAUUACGUGUGUGUGUGUGUGUGUGUGUGUGUGUGUGUGUGUGUGUGUGUGUGUGUGUGUGUGUGUGUGUGUGUGUGUGUGUGUGUGUGUGUGUGUGUGUGUGUGUGUGUGUGUGUGACAGUAUGUAUGUGUGAAUGUGAACAUUAGUACAGACAGUAUAUAUGUACGUUUGAGCGAUGCCCAGCUGUAAAAUGUAGAUCGUCUCAGCUGGUACAGUACGCCUGGCUGACUGCACCCUGGAACCCUCGGCAUCAGUGUGCUGAGAGACCCUUCUCAGGAGAGGCACUCUCUCUGUUGCCACUGUGCUGGAGGAAGAACACACACACACACACACACACACACACACACACACACACACACACACACACACACACACACACACACACACAGUCCAUAUCAUGGAUUAGCUGCACUUAAGGAAGCCAAGCCCCUCUGUGUUGUCAGCCUCUCACAGCGGGCUGGUCUUCUCUGUGGCUCGGUAGGGGCUCUCGUUGUAAGCAGACGUGUGUGUGUGUGUGUGUUUGUCAUGCUCAUCCAGAGGAGGCAAGGAGACCCCAGGCAUCCCCCUCUACUCUCAGGCAGACAUCCGCCACAUGAAAGGAGUGAAUCAGUAGCAGCAAGCUAUAAUGAUACAGGGGAUGCAGCUGACAUGCAGUGCAUUCUGGGGAGAGAGAGAGUUAAUUUAUUGUACUACUAACUUCACCAACUGUACUGAUGAUUGUGUAUAUCUGUAACACUUCCUGUCUUAGCCUUAAAAAGGUUUUCAAAAGCUAUAGGGCUGCGGACAGAAAUAUAGCAUGCUUCAGACAUAUUGCUAUUAUUACUCGAUACAAAUGGAACACCAUCCAUCUACUCUUCAGAGGACGUCUAAUGGCAGGCUGGGGGAUAUUUAUAAAAUUCACUCUUCUGUAUCAUGACUCUGCGUUUGUUCAACAUUUUGAGUCAAGACUAAGGAAGGCCCACAAACCAUAUCAUGGCUAUUGUACACAUAUCCUUUUCUCCCAAGGGAUAUAAAUACCAAGCCAGUUAUUAAAGAAAGGGUUUUACUCUAAAGUGUUUCCAUUCUAUUGUGCUGCUCUUUGGCCGUAUGUGUAAAGAUGAUCCACUAUCCGAUCAGUCUAGGAAGCGCGAAUGAGACCAAGGAUACCAGAGAUAUUCACAGAAAAUGUAUUAAUACAUUAAUUGGUUAUUUAGAGGGGAAAAAGACUUUCAUUAACAAGUACAAAUUACACAGUUACAGAACUGUGUUGUCAUCUUGACCUUUCUGAAUGUGUUUCUACCUAUCAAUAAAGUCUAGCAAAGCAAUAAGGUAUUACAAGACCUUUUUCA